AAAAGCAAGGUGUUUUAUAUAUUUUUUUUUAAUCCAAACGGAAAGCAUAUAUAUAUAUAUUCUUGUCUUUGUACACCUUAAUCCAUGACGAGUUACCAACAUGAUGUCGUAUGGCUUUACGGCAGCAGUGGCUCCUUCGAGUGGAAUCUCCUCCGGCACCUGACCAGGAAUGGCCACCAUUUUAAAGUUCUGCAGCACUGUGGUUGUGAACAUAAACAGAUUCUGCCUCCCCAACAAAUCGCCCAUGCAGCGAUGACGACCAAAUCCGAAGGGAUUGAAGGCUUCGGGUAGCUUCAAAUGACCUUCGAACAGAAAUCUCUCGGGAUCAAAUGCCUCCGGAUCGGGAAAGUCCACUGGGUUCAUCAGCAUUCCCCUGAAACAAGCCACUACCAUGGUGUCCUUGGGAAUUUCAUAGCCCGACAAUCGAGUAUCGCAGACUGCUCGAUGCGGUAUGCCAAAAGUGUGCACCAUAAACAUCCUGACUGCUUCCAAUGUGAUGGCCUCGCAAUAAGGCAGCUUGGAGCGAUCCCUGGACCACUCAGGUAUGCGCUCCAGGCCCACCACCUCCUUAAUUUCCUGGAAGGCCCGUUCCUGAAUUUCCGGCUGCAGCACCAAGUGCAUGAAACAGAAACCCAGACUCUUGUUGGUCGUCUCCGAACCAGCCAAAAACAUAUCCAAGCAAAUGGCCAGCAGGCUCUCAUCACUGAACAUUCCCUUUUCAUCAUUUCCCUCCUCCCGGGCACGGAGAUAAGAGUCCAUCAGAUCCCUGGGCUCAUCGUAGUUCUUGUAGGUCAAGCGAUGCAGCUCGAUCUCCUUGCUCAUAAAGGAAUACAAGGAACGAUGACUUUCCACGAAUCCAUUGUAGCCAGAGUAGUCUGGAGCUAUGAAUCGAAGAAGCGGGAAGUGACUGAAGAGAGCACCCACCAUAUCGAUGUUCUUGAAAAGCUCAAAAAAGGUCUCCAGUAGCUCCGUGAUCUCCGGAGAUCCUGGUUCGUAUCUCCUACCACUCAGCAUGCACCAGAGGGUAUUCAAGACAUAAACACCCGUCAGAUCGUGCAUUUCAAUCCGCGCCUGCUUGCCUCCAGACUUCGCCACUUGAUCCUUAAGAUCCUGCAGCAAACAGGUGGCCUCAUUGUGGACAAUAUCCAUCAUGCCACUUCUGGCAAAUCCGAAAUUCUUCAAGUGUCUCAGGAUAAACCUACGCUGCUCUACCCACAUUUCGCCAUCGGUUAAAAGCACUCCCAAUCGGGAAUUGAAGGUCCUCAGGCGAUAAAAUAUGCCAUCUGGUCGGCCAUCAAUGUCCUCAUUUGUCAUCAUUUCGCUAAUCGCGUCGUUUGUAUAGGCUAUGACCACCUUAUCCUUGCCAAUCUUUAGGCCAAAGAAGCCAUAGGGGUUCACGUAUUGCUUGGCGAAUACAUCGAUCACUUUGCAAAACAUCCCAAGACGACAUCGCAGCUGGGAAACCUGGAGGGCACUUCCUACUAUCGGAUACCAACGAGGUCCUGGCGGAAAACGCCUCGGUUUUCGCACUCCUCCAAACAAGAUGGCCAAGAGAGUGGCGCAAAAAAUCCAGAUGACAGCAUAAAACAUGUUUUUGCCUUUGCUUUCACUUUUCCCAAUUACGCAAUAUUGGCUUGCUUUUGAGCUCGAGUUUGGAGUGGCUAUGUUGUCCUCAGUUUCCUGGUGAUCCAGUCCAGAGUUCGAUCCCGCACCUGACGUUCACCCAAAUCGACUGAAUCCGCUCGGUUAGUUGGGUCUUUCUUUUAUAGACGUCGUGCAAAAAAAGCUUUUCCUCUUGUUUGAUUUUUCUUUUGGCCAUUAAAGUUUUCGAAAGAGUUGGGAGUUUGGGAAAUGGAAGUCGGAAGGUAACUGAGUUGGAAUUUCGGUAUGUUCUAUGCUACCAGCUUAGAAAAUUAUAAGAGAAUUUCGCUAUUGAUCUUGAACUUUUAUAAUACUGAUGUAAUUGUAGUAAUCAAGUGUUUUCAGAUUAGUUUAGAAUAUAAAUUCUAACUAAAAACUUCGGACAUUUUAAGUAAAAUAAGUGAAAUCAUUGAGUUUAACAUAUUGUUUUUUCGAAAUCGAGUGUCUUUAGAAUUGUAAUUAUUUUUUUAAGCGUCGAGUUCUUUAUGAAAUUUUAGUAUUGAAUUAAAUUUAUGCUAUUAAAUAAAUAUCUAAAUAUAUUUGUUUAAAUAUUUCAUUAAAUAGAAAAUUUUGUCUUUUUCAAUGCCAACAUUUUGUAAGUUCCAAGCAAGCCUCAAAGACCCAAAUCUUCACCCGUCUGACCCACUGCCUUGUGGAUAGUUCAACCACAUUUUCCUCGGCGUUUAAUCGCCGCUAACCAGAGACUUUAAUGGUCAUGGACAACGCCAAAUCCACUGGAUCACAGCCAAAGUCAAGGAAAACUUGUUGCGUUAAGAAAACCGCGAAAACGCAAAUAGAAAAAACCCGUUUGCUCCAAAUGAAAGGGAAAACAAAUGGAGAUGUUGGGAAAGAGGCAAAGCAGGAGGAGGAGCUGACUGGACAACUCGUCUGGAUGAGGCUAUUAUGUCAUCGGCAUCGCCAUCGCCAUCGCCAUUGCGGAAAGCGGUGGGAUGGACUUUGUUUUGAUGAUAACUCCGCUGGUUCCGGUUUGGUUUGGGAUUUUGCCGUUUCAUGCGAUCAAAGUGGAGCUAACAUCGAUUUUUGGCAUCCAAUUGGGGCUUUAACAUGGGGCCACACUCGCGGAUCGCCCAUUUGAAGGCUGGCACCCGAGCUGCAAAGACGUGACAGGACAACAGUUUAGUCCAAAAAAUGGGUUUCAGAAUCGUGCUAUUAGCUGCCACCGGCCUGGGAGCCAUGUACAUGAUGCAUCUUUUGGCCCAGGAUUGGGUUAAGAUCCGACCCAUCCGGGGAAUAACCCAACUUGCCGGGAUGGCCGCCCAACCAAUUCAGCAGGUUAUUGCUCCCAUCCAACAAGCCAGUGGAGCUCUGAAUCUAUUUCGAAGUAGAAGAGAGGCGAAUUUGAAUCAUGAACUUGGUUGGGUGCGAAGGACUCAGGAUUCGGGAGGAGGAAGUGGAAAGGUUGGUGCUGCAGGAGGAGUGGUUCAUAGACCGCAUCCCGCCAUCGAUUGGAAAAGGAUCCUGUCAAGGGAUCCCUUCGAGUGCCUUCAGUCCCUGAUCUGUCAGCUUAUGUCCGGAGCUGAAGCGAAAGUUCCGGAGGCUGAGCUGCUCAUGGAUUAUCUGGAAUCAUCGGUGGAGAUGGCUCCGGUUAAGAUAGGCCGGGCCUUCAGUCGGGGAUUGGCACUGAGGGGUUCCCCGGAGCUCUGCUUUACCGAGUAUCCCUUUUGCCUUUACUCCGCCAAAACGAUGCUGCGCAUCCUGCGGUGGUUCAGUGAAACGGGGGAAGUACCCAUGGAGGAAGUGGCUUAGUUGUAUAAGUUUGGCUUCAAUAAAUAUAAGGAGAGUGAAAUGAGGAAGUAAAAAGUUAGUUUCGUUUUCGGUAAAGGUG